CGUCACAUAUAUGCUAUGCUGCAAAUAAGCAUCUUUUGCUGUCCACAGAGUACAUUUUUAUAAACUAAAAUUGCUCUUUGCUGUGAGCUGUUCAUUAUUAUAUUGGGAUUUUCUUUUUGAAGUGAAGUUCUUAUUCUUUGAGCUAUAGAAAGGUUUCCUCCAGGUUUAUCGUUAAAAUGUGAACCCUUGUGAAACCCAUGUGAAGCUUUUUAUCUAAUGUAUUUACUUUUGUUUAAAAUAAUAUAUGUGAAUUUGGAAUCAUGGUUCCUGUUGCUAUAGAAGGGUGCAAUCAAAGCGCCGAGGGAGGUGGUGCCCGAGGUGGUUCAAUAUCCCUCGCUUUAUUGAUUGACUUUAUUGUUCAAAGAACUUACGAUGAACUCACAGUUCUGGCUGAAUUACUUCCUCGCAAAACAGACAUGGAGCGCAAAAUCGAAAUAUACAAAUUUAGUGCUCGUACCCGUCAGCUGUUUGUUCGAUUAUUGGCUCUCGUCAAAUGGGCCAGCAGUGCAACAAAAGUUGACCGCUCUGCUCACAUCAUGGCUUUCUUAGACAAGCAAGCUCUAUUAUUUGUGGAAACAGCUGAUGUACUUGCACGGGUGGCUCGGGAAACACUUGUACAUGCAAGGCUUCCAACGUUCCAUAUGGCUGCAGCAGUGGAAGUGUUGACUUUGGGUACAUACAGCCGUCUGCCAGCUGUGAUCCGGGAGAGAUUGGUGCCACCACCUCCACUGACCCCGGCCGAGCGCCGCACUACUUUACGGGCACUUGCACAUGUUGUUCGUCAGAGACUUACUACUGCUUCAUUGCCAAGUGACGUCAGGAAUUUAAAGGUUGAAAAUGGCAGAGCUACUUUCACAGUUGGACAAGAAUUUAGUGUAUCCCUCACUGUGAUGGGUGAUGCUCCUAAUCUACCAUGGCGAUUAUUGGAUAUUGCAAUUUUGAUACAAGACUGUGAAACUGGAGAGGGUAAAGCACUAGUGCAUAGUUCUCAACUAGCGUGGCUACGGGGCGUGGCUCAAGCGAGACUCGCUGCGGCGGGACUGAGCGGGGCUUUGACGGCGUUACGCUUCUUCUGUCGCUCGUUGUCUCUGGAACUAUUGUACACGCAGACGUUGAGGCUGUGCCGUGAUCGACUGUCGCGACAUCUGCAAGUGGACAAAUAUAUACCGGGGCAGAAACUACAAGUAUCAUAUUGGAGGGAACUCGGUUGCGAGCUAGGCUACCGUCUCGUUAUUGGCGCAGAGGGCGAGUCCCUGUGCGUGUGGCACGUGCCGGCGCUGUCGGGCGGCGAGCGGGUGGCGGCCGCGCUGACGCCGCACGCGCCCUGCAUGGAGCGGCUGCUGGCGCACACGGUGCACGUGCGCAGUCGCCAGCGGCUCAACGACCUCAAAGUGCUGCUCAACGAGCUCGGCGUGGAGUGCAGUGUGGGCGGGUGGCCGUGCGUGCUGGCGUGCUCGGCGCUGUGGCCGUGCCUGCGCGCGGAGCAGCUGCUGGUGAGCGUGGGCGCGCACGCGGGGCGCCUGCGCGCGCGCGUGCCCGCGUACCCCGGCGCGCCGCGCAUGCCCGAGCUGGCGGCCGCGCUCGCCGACACCAACGUGCCGCUCAUCAAGGCGCUGCUCACACAGCUCAGAUUCUGGUUGGUGGCGCGGCGCUGUGAGAAGACGCUGCAGCACCUGCCGGCCAGCGUCUGCGAACACCUGCCGUUCUUGCACGGGCCCGACCACCCUCUCCACAAGCUAUGCGCCGACCGCCUCUACGUCACGCUACACCGCCACACUGACCACAUCCUGAUAGUGGAGAUGAAAGAGAUUAGCUCGAGUACGGGUGCGGCGGGCAGCUCGAGCGGCGCUCAGUGCUCGGUCGCGCUCGCGUUCCAUUUGGCCGGCGCUCGCCGCGCCACGCCCGACGACUGCGAGGACGAGACGCCAUCGUCCAGUACUGCUGUAGCUGUAACAACUGGCCCCAAUGCGCCAGCCCGCGCUUUCCUGAAGAUCCAUUCGCUUGUGGAACUCGAUACGUUCACACUCACGCACGGCCCCUUCACGCCGCUCGACACGCCAGGGCUGCAGCCGGGCAAGCGCAAGCUGUCGGCGGCGGCGCGCGCGGUGCGCGUGCGCCAGCCCGCGUACUUCCUGCCCGAGCUGGCGCACGUGGUCGCCGCGGCUGACGAGCGCGUGCCCUUCGUCAACCUCGCGCAGGAGUUGGCGAGCCGCGGCGUGAGCCACGGCGGCGUGCAGCCGGAGUGGAGCGGGUCCGCGCUGGCCAUGCGCGUGGUGUCGCUGCCGCGGCCGCCGCGCGCGGCGCCGGCUGCGCACGCGGCGCUGCGCGCGCGCCUGCUGGCCGCCACCGUGCGCCUCACCACCAAGAACCAGGCGCGCGUCUGGACCGCCGAGAUCGUCUUCCACAGCUCGCCCGUGCGCACGCCCAAUCCCAAAGAACAAGGCGAGCGGCGCUGCGUGUACCUGCAGUACGAGCUGGGCGCGGACGCAGCGCGCACGGCGGAGGCGCUGCUGGCGGACUGGGCCGCCAUCGUGCACCUCCACGCUCUGCUGCACGACUUCAUGGCGCGCCCGCAACAAGAGCGCGAAACACUCUGGCAAGGCGUGUGCAUCAGAUCGUACACUUAUCGCUCGUUAGUGUUAGGGUUCGGUCCGUCGCAGCGCGCCACCGCGGUGCUGCAGUGGAACGCCGCCACACAGCGCUACACUGUGGCCACGCCUGCGCACCAGCCCGCCGCCAACGCGCACCAUCUGCUACACCACCAGCUGGACCACCACAUCAACUGGCACAAAGACCUGAUGUCCUUUGGCGUAGUUCUGCGUGAAACGUACGCCCCCCUGCUGGCGCUGUCUCGCUUGCCCACGCUCCCACAGCUGGGCCUACACAACGUGCGCACCUUCAUGCCCACGCCCACCUUCACAUUGCUGGCCCACUCGUGGAGAAAGAUCCGCGUUAUUUACGCGGGCGCGUACUGCAUAGAGGUGGGCAUCCGCGGCGGCGGAGUGGUCACGAUCCGCGACGGCGCCUACUCCAAGUUCGACCGCACCACCGUUGUCGAGGAGUUUGCGCCCGCGCAGGGGCUUAAGGCGUUCCUGUCUCGAUAUGUAGAAGAGAAUCUCAGCACGAGGCUGCUGGCUGAAGACGAUCCGCCGUCGCCGAUGUCUCCGAUGCCUCCAGGAGGCCUCCGCUUCCCCGCGCCGCUGACGCCCCCGCAGCCGCACACCCCGCACUCCGCGCCCGUCACCCCGCACCCCGCCUCGCCAGCUCAACACCAGAUGGCAAGCAGCUCGUUCAACCUGACGUCACCGCCGGGCGCGGCGGGCGCGGGCGUGUCAGCGUCCCCCGCCUCCCCCCUGGCGCCCUCCCCGCUAGCGGCGGCCGCGUCCCCGCACCCGCCCCCCACCUCCCCCUUCACCGCGUGGCCCGCCUCGCCCUCCCUGCCGCGCCCCUCGCCCGGACAUCACCCCUCGCCGAGGCAUCAUGUGGAUCACAAAGGACAAACCGGAGCCGCGGCGUCGAGCUCGACGCGCAGCGGCGGCCGCGUGUGGGCCGGCGCUGUGGCCACGCCGCUGCCGGUCUCCAAGCUUGAGGUGCUGUGCACGCCGUGCGAGCCGCCGCCGGGCGCGCCGCCGGGCCCGCCGCUGGCGCCGCUGCAGCGGUUCCUGGCCUGCGUCUACAUGAAGCGCACGCUGCAGCGCUUCGUGCAGCAGGAGGAACAUCUGACGCCGGUGACAGCGGACGCCAGCAGCCUGACGUUCCGCAUGGAGGGCGCGGCGCUGGCGGCGCGGGUGUCGCUGCACGCGCAGCAUAUGCAGUCUCUGCAGCUGCAGCUGACGCCGCUGCCCGACCACAAGGAGCAGUGGAGCGCCGAUGACAUCCAGAUAAUGGAGAAGUUCUUCGAGCAGCGCGUGGCGAUAGCGCCGUACCGCGCGACGGCGCUGCAGGGCUGGGGCCGCGCGUGGGGCGCGCCCGCGGCCGCGCUGCCGUCGCUGGUGGCGCUCAUGCGCGCGGACCUGGCGCCGGCCGCGCCCGCGCUGUGGACGCUGCAGUGGGCGCUGCGCAUGCCGCCCGCCGCGCCGCAGAUCGUGCCCGCCGGCCAGCCCGCCGUGCUCCUCGCCAAGCACAAGAUACUCUUCUUUAUAUGCCUGACCCGCAUGGACACCCAGCUGGUGCUGCCGCUGGUGUACGACAUGCAGCAGAACGUGACGCAGCUGGCUGACAAGCGCGACUCGCAGCCGCAUCUCAUCGCAGUCGCGCUCCAUCUCAAGCGAUUCAGCGAGUUCAACCAGUCGCACACAGAGUGCACGCUGUGGCCGGCGGUGCGCGACCUGCUGACCAACUUCACGCUGCCGCAGGAGCCGCCGCCCGCCCCCGCGCCGCCGCCCUCCUAGCCCGCCCACAAACACGACUGUCUGACACAGUUCCACUCUUUGCGAAACAGAUUUUAGUUUAUACCACUCCUAAUAGAGUAAUUACCUGUGUAUAAAAUAAUAAAAUGUAAAAAUGCAUUCGCAUAAGAAACUACGAUAAUCGAAUGUCACUAUAAUUGAUCAGUAAGAUUUUGUAUUUUUAGUUCCCAUUAAAGUAUAAUUGAAACGCUUUUUUACUUCAAGAUUUAUGACGUCACUUCGUCCCCACUGUCACAUGGACAAAAGAAUGUAGGCCGCAGGACGGACAACAAUCAAAAUUCUACUCCGAAAUGUAAAUGUUCUAUUGCAAUAAAGUUCACCAAACUAAUAAAAUUCGUGACUUGAAAAGUUGUUGUUCGCUUAAUCAACCAAUGACCAAAGUAAUGGUCAAUAGUAGUUUGUGCACCUAUUGUUAACUUUUAUGUUGUUAAACUAAUAAAAUUCGUGACUUGAAAAGUUGUUGUUCGCUUAAUCAAUUUCCCGAGAAAUACAUAACUUUGCAGAUACACUGUUUUGGGGAGUUCGAUUAAGCGGCAGAUUUAAAGUGAUUUAUUUUUGUACUCGAUAAAUAAAUCGAUACAUUACAUCGUUGUGUCGUGUGGUUAAUUGAUGGAAAUCGUGGUUGCCAAGUAGCGUGUAUAUUAUAAUUUUAUCUAUCAAAGUCUUUGCAAUCAGUGAAACAAUGUUGUCAAUAUUCUUAUUUAAUAAAAAAGAUUUUUUUCAUAUAA